AUGUGUCGAAUCUGGGUCUGGUUGCUGGCCGCGGUGGUGCUGUGCUCCGCUGUCGCGGGCUCGGAGCAGCUCGCCGUGCAGGCCCCGCUGUGCCAGCGGCUUCAUGAUACGGGGUUGACUUAUCACUCCGUCUACGCGUGCCUUGGUGUUCCGAAGUGGGCCCUCCUGCCUGCGCUAUGGACGCCUUUGUCGCUCCAGGUCAACUGCACCGCCCCGACG